AACGCUAGGUUCCGCCCACGCAUUUCCGGCUUGAUGGCCACAGCCGGAUGUACGGGGUCAGAGGUCGGUAAAUAUUGGUGAUGUCACGGAGCCAACAUGGCGGAAGGGAACACUAUGCACUCCUUGUGUACACAUAGUAUAUUGGAUCAUGCUGUGACCACCGCGUUGUGCUCUGGACGCUGUUCUCCGUCUUUAGAGGGUAUCCCCAUCUCAACCCCGGGUGAGACAUCAUGGCAGUCACCCCCGUUUUCCUUGGCAGAUACCGGACUUGGCCUUGAGGCUGUGCAGGAGGAUGGGGGCUGGUGGAGAAGCUGGAUACAGCAGAGUUACAACAGCGUACGAGACAAGUCUUCAGAGGCGUUGGAGUUUAUGAAAAGAGAUCUAUCAGAGUUUUCCCGGGUCGUGCAGCAUGACACAGCUUGCACUAUUGCUGCCACAGCCUCUGUCGUCAAAGAUAAACUGGCGGUGGAAGGAUCUUCAGGCACUACAGAAAAGGUGAAGAAAGGUCUUUCAGAUUUUCUAGGAGUAAUUUCUGACACUUUUGCACCAUCCCCCGAUAAGACGAUUGACUGUGAUGUUAUUACACUGAUGGCCACACCUUCUGGAACGACAGAGCUAUAUGACAGUACUAAGGCACGCUUAUACAGUUUGCAGUCUGAUCCAGCAACAUAUUGCAAUGAACCUGAUGGCCCUCCUGAGCUGUUUGAUGAAUGGUUAACCCACUGGAACCCAGAGCAACGGAAAACAGAAAUAUCCGAACUUCUAGUUUCAAGCCCAUCAAUCCGCGCACUCUACACCAAAAUGGUUCCUGCUGCUGUUUCUCACUCUGAAUUCUGGCAAAGGUAUUUCUAUAAAGUGCACCAGCUCGAGCAGGAAGAAGCAAGGAGAGAUGCUCUGAAGCAGAGAGCAGAGCAGAGUGUACAUUCCGAGGAGUCAAGGUGGGAGGAGGAAGAAGAGGACUUUAUUGGAUCUGGAUCACCGCGUGUUUCAAAUAUUGAGAAGUUUAGGAUACCUUCAGCUGCCAUUCCAGCCCUUAAUGUGCAAAGCAGUUCUGAGGAGCCAAACAUACAGUGCAAAGAAACUGUUUGUGUGACAAGCCCCUCUGAGAGCAGUGAAAGCAUCUCGCCAAUCACUCAGAUUGACAACCCUGCUUACCAUGGACCCAAAGCUCCAGCUGAAUCCCCUGCUAUUCCAGCUGCAGUAGCUGAUGAGGUACAAGAAGACAAACCAGAUGUGAACUUAGUCCUAGACUCCGAGGAACAUUCAGUGGCCAAAGUCAAUACACAGAGCUCUAUUCGAAAAGAAGAUCAACCCUCUGACCUUCGUGUGUUUGAACUUAACAGUGACAGUGGCAAAUCAACACCUUCUAACAAUGGACAGAAAGGGUCCAGUACGGACGUCAGUGAGGACUGGGAGAAGGACUUUGAUAUGACAGAGGAGGAAGUACAGAUGGCCUUGUCUCGUGUAGAGGUGUCUGGAGAGUUGGAAGACGAAGAUUGGGAAAACUGGGAAUAACUAGUGUAGAGAGAUCACUGCUAAUUCAUCAUGAUUACAAUGGAAGAGUCUAAACCUUUCACCUCUGACCCUCAUCUACCUGUCAGUCUCCCAGAUGUAACAUGUUCCUUUUGAUCCACACUCAUGAACAGGAAAGACCAAAUGUAUCAUCUGGAUUGCACUGGCAUGGCAGGGGUUUUCUAGGACGUGGCUGAUUUCUUUAUUCUGUUCUCUAUAUCCUUUUGCUGCCAGAGACCUGCAGUUCCAUUUAAUUUAAGGAAACUAAUUCCUGUAUGACCUGUUCCUUGGUGUCUGGGUGUGAUUGCUUGCAGCCACUGUGUCUUUUGACAGGGCUGCAUUGUAAAUGCUUUUUUUUUUGUUGUACAGAUUUGAAUGCACACAUCGAUUCAAGAACCAAGAAAAGUUCUAGUCGCUAAUGUGGCCAUAUAUAAAUAGUCUGUUCUGCUACCCUAAAUGACCGAUUCUGGUGCAGGCUCAAUUUGCAUUAAGACUUUUGUCACAGUGCUGGGUUAGCUUAAGGCAAUUUAUGCAAUAGUAGGCAGAACAGGUGUCAGUGCAUAUGGGUGCACCUGUGUUCUCCCAUAACAGUGUAAGUGGAAGCUGGUCAGCCCUUUUCUAAUGUGUGCUGAACUCUAUAGGGAACUAACUGGGUAGCUCAGAAUCAGCGCCAAGUCUAAAGCAGUAUCAUGCCUUCAGUUUGAUGCUGAUUCUAAAUGAUAAAUUUUGCAAUGGGGUUGAUUUACUAAAACUGGACUGUGAAAAUCUGGUGCAGCUGUGCUUGGUAGCCAAUAGGCUUCUAACUUCAGCUUGUUCAAUUAAGCUUCGACGGAAAAAAAAAAAACAUGGAAGCUGAUUGGUUUCUAUGGAGAGCUGCAGCAUUACAUAAACUGAACAUAAACAGCAGUCAUUCAGAAGGUUCACAUGUAUACAUACCCCAAUGUAGAGCAGAAAGCCUAGCUUUUCUUCUUGGUUCUCUGCUUUCAGCAUGCUCUAUUAUGAUGAUUGUCUGGUCAGAGGUAACUGACUCUGUAAAUGAGUAUACCAGUCUGUGUCCUCAAACUGUGUGACCUGUUGGGAGUCCAUAUGAACCAGCUAUGAGUAGUUCUGAGAUGGUAGCUGGAUGGAUUCAUUUCUUAAAGGAUGUUUCCACUUUAAGGCCUCUUGCACACUGCAGCUUGAAAAAACUCAGUAUAGCUUAUUUUCCUACUGAGCUAAAAUACAGCCCAUUAAUUGUAAUGUGCCUAUGCACACAGGCGUGUAAAUAAGCGCCAUGUAUUCUUCAGUAAAAAUACAUAGAAAAAUCGCCAUUUUUUGGUCAGUAAUCGUAUGCCUCAUGCAUACAGUCGUGCACAUUUGUGCGCAAAUGUCCAUUAACAUAUUGUGAACGUGAGUAUAAGUUUGCGCAAACGCAUAUGUGCAAAAAUAUACCAAAAAAUAACGUCUUAAAAAAGAUAUGCUCAAACAGGAGUAUCGUGUACAAGAGGCCUUUAGUAUAAGUGCUGCUUUAGAGCCCCAUCUCCCCAUGGUGACCAUUUGUUAUAUCAUUUAUAUUUACCUAAACCUUGGGUGAUUGUUGAGGUGCAUUUUUUCAUUCAUUUAGGUGGAAGUCUGUCAAUGUUUGGAGACGGACCUUCCCGGGAAGUUGCACAGUGAAGAUUACAUGAGACUGGGAUUUAGGUGAAGUAUAUCCUGUUUAACAAAUGUCACCACAGAGAGAUAGAGAUUUGAAGUGUGAAAUGCAGGAAAUGUGCACUUUUCCUUUAAUUUCUACGUGGACCCCCCGGUAAAGCACACCUCAUCAGGGAAACACAUGCACUGUGAUUGCAGAUCUCCUGAAAAUACUAGUUGUCGGGCAAGCUCUGACUUUAAGUUGUGCCACUGACCCAGAAUACAUAUUUCAGUAAGCUUUGAAGCUAGAGGGUCAGUAUGAAAGCCAUGCAACUAGCAUUUUCAGACUAAGAAAUGAUGGCCCUUGGAGUUAUGUGAUGACAAGUUUUAUUUUAAAGUGGAGCUCCAUCCAAAAGGGGAAGAUCCGCUUGUUUGCUUUCUCCCCCUUCUGCUGCCACAUUUGGCUUUUUUUUUUGGGGGGGGGGGGGUAGGUACCUGUCACCAAUUCAGGGAGACCUUCGGCCCCCCGCCUCCUUCCCUGGCCAUUCACAAAGCGCAGCGCGCUUCAGGGAACCGGCUGCAAAGCCUCAAGGCUUCACUACCGGUCUCCCUUACAAGGAAUGGCGGCGACAGCACCCAAAGGCCUAUUGAAAAAUCUGCUGGGGCGCUGACACUGCAGCAUCCCAAGGCAUGCAAGUGUCCUAAUAUUAAAAGUCAGCAGCUACAGUAUUUGUAGCUGCUGACUUUUAAUUUUUGUAUUUUUUUUACUUUUAAUUUUUGGUGGGGGGGCUAGAGCUCCGCUUUAAGCACCCUUCAGUAAAUCAUCAUGGAGGAGUUCUUCCUUACACACACCUUACUGUUCUGGGGUAUGAUCAAUGAAGAUUUAAUUUGAAAGGACAAACAAAUUUCUCAAAAGAAAUAUAAACACAAGGAGACUUAUAUUCUGCUGCUGCUUAUGGGGGGUUGCCAUGGGCUUGGGAGUCUUUCAUGUUACUUUAUAAGGAGGGUCUGAAGUAUGAGUUUAUGUUUUAGUUUAAAUUGGAAAACCCCUUUCUUUUUAUUGCAGGUCAGAUCUGUGAUGCAUUAUGCUGUGAGUUCCAUUUUCUCAAUUCUAGUAAUGUAUGCUGGCUCUUAUAAGGUUCUGCUCCCUCUCUUAUUUACUAACACAUCCUUCAUUCCUGUCAGUUGUGUGUGCAAUAUAUAUUAUCUAUUUAAGUUGUGUGGCAGCAAAGGAGGAUGAGAGAGGCAGCAGUUUGAGGGAAAGAGAAACCUCACAUUAAAUCAUAAAUGCUUUCUUUUUUUCUUUUUUUUAAACUAUGAUAUUCUCCUGGACCUUACAAAUUUUGCACUUCGCUGCUAUGAAAGAAAUGGUGGCAUGAUCUCUUAAUUCUCCUUGUGUAUAAUGCAUAGACAUCCAACAAAAAUGCUCUUUAUUUUAUAGUGAAUAAAUUACGUUCUGCAACCCUA